ACUAUAAAAAAAAUGGUAAAGUUUAUUAACUUUAUUAUAAUAUUAUUAAUAAUAUUUUAUUAAUUUACAACCAACGUCUCACCAGCAAAUAUCCAAAAACAUAAAAAAAAAAAAAAUUAAAUAGCCUUCACAUCCUUAACCAAUCUCAUAAUACAUAUAUGACCAUUAAUUUCAUGACGCAGAAAAAUUGCAUGACGCAGAAAAACGAUCAUAAACAGAAGCUUUGCUGAGCCAGGGUCCACAGCAUACAAUAAUUUCCCUGCGUACAACUGCAUCAUCAUGUUUUUAGUUAAUGAGAAAGAUAGAGUUUAAAAAAAAGUAGUGCUGCCAAGUUUAUGUUGUGAUGAUGGGUGUUGAAGCCACAGCUCCAACACUGCCACCCUUCAGAUCAGACCAUUGGAAGCAGUUUGAUGACUCCGUGAAUGCAGUGUCUUUUGGGUUUGUUGCCACUGCCAUUCUCAUUUCUAUGUUUCUUCUUCUGGCUAUCUUUGAGAGGUUUCUUAGGCAUAGAUCAAGUGAAGCCAGUGCUGCAACUCCGCUAGAUCUUGAACACCAAAUCAACCUUGGUGGAAAGUUGGAAAAUCUAUCACCCAAGAUGAGCAUUUAUGGAAGAGUGGUACUGGUGUUGAUGCCUGGAGAGCAGAUUCCUUCGUUCAUUGCACUUCCUUUUCCUGCACCAUGUCGUCGCGAGCCCAUGUCAUGGCCUAUUCAACACAGUUCACAUGCUUCCUUCCACCUUUAGCAUCAACGACAGACAUUAAUCUAACAAGUAACUUGAAUAUGAUGUUGUUCAUCCCUUUUGAACUGGGAGGAAUUAGAUGUCAUUUAGCAUCACAUAGUUGAAACCAUUUUCCUCUCUGAUCAAUUAGGUGAUAUCCUACUUAGAUAUAAUAUGUGUAUUAGAUUUGAGCUUAAUUAGAACCAAUUAUCAUUAAGUGAAAUAAUCUAAUCAAGUCUAAAACUUGACUCAGAUCCAACAAUACGAUGUUAAACAAUUGCAUUGUAAUUCACAAUGAAAGUGCCUUCCAAAGCAUGGAAUUUUGAGAAGUUUCCUUUUCCGAGGAAGUUAUGGUUAAAGUUAGAUGCCUUUUGUGAGUUAUCAUGCAGAGUUGCGUGGUGCUCAAGCAGUUCAGGGAUUUGUUGUUUUGAUCUGUCAAAGUGAGUGGAAGAUCAUUACAUCCUCUUUUUUCAGAGGCACAAUGAUUAAUAAAACUGUAAUAAAUAUUCUAGCUGAGAACAUAGAAUGAGGGAAGAAUAGAUUUAUGUUGUCUUAUGAUUAC